CAUCGAAUAGGGCAGACAGAAAGCGAUUGUUGUUCACGAAGAAAAACACACCGACUUUAGCAUACACUUACAGUUCUUCAUUUAUUACAAAUUUCGCAGCAACGGACUUUACCAACCGGAUUAACAGCAAAUUAUAUAAGAGAUAAGGCGUAUAACGUGAACGAGGAGAAUAAGAGAUCAAAAUACAAAACACCAGCAGUUGAUAAACUAAGGUCCCUUUUGCGGUGGCAAAAGAGGAAUAAUCAGCUGAUUCAGUUAGAUUAGGCUUGAGGCCUAGUGUUUGGUUUGCUAAGCGUCCCCCGUAGACCACUCUGGCUAUGGACGAUGGGAAAAGACAAAAAAGACAACCAGCAACAGUUGUCCCCUUCAGUUUCUGGGUCACCUGAAGCACCUCAACAACAACAAUUAGAAACAAUGGACAAGCUGCUGCAGCAUAGAGAAGCAAAGAGGGCACAAGUGCGAGAAUGCAUACGCACGCUCAAGCAGCUGGCGCCGCCAGCUCGCAAGGGUCGAAAAGAGAAGGUCGGCACCUUGGUGGCAUUGAUGCACGCAGUCGAAAGUAUUCGCCAGGCUGAAGAGAAGAACCCUGCUGUGCCCAGCCAGCUGUCUAAUAUAACAGAGAAAUAUCUCUCUUUGAAGGUAAGUUCUCUGGAAGGUUAAGAACGCCUGUAUUGA